AUGGUGCUCCGACGACCACAUCGGAAAUCCCGCCACGGCUGCGUGGAAUGCAAGAGGCGACGAGUGAAGUGCGACGAGGCCCGCCCAUCCUGCACCAACUGCGCCAAGCGCCAUUCCGAAUGUGAGUACGGCUCAUCAACAUCGCUCCUGUGGUCAAAUGACGACGACACCGAUUUCGCCUCAAGCGCAGGCGCAAGCGCAAGCGCAAGUACUGGCGCAGUGCCAGGCGCACCCGACUCCACUGAAAAUUCAAACCCUCUCAACCUCCACGAUCUGGAGCUCAUGAUGCAAUGGUGUAACUCGACGUUCCGGACGCUGUCGCGCGACGAGCGCACAGAUCCCAUCUGGCGAAAUAUCGUCCCGGAAGAAGCCCUCGCCCACCCGUUCUUGAUGCAUGGGAUUCUGGCGCUGUCGUCGCUGCAUCUUGCGCGCGUGGGCGCUGAUACGUCGCGGCGCACCUCAUACCUCAACCGUGCAGUUGCGCAUCAGAAUCAAGCGCUGGCGCUGUUUCGCGGCUUGUUGGGCGAUGUCAAUGAGGGGAAUGCGAAGGCUAUGUUUGCUUUUGCAGGGAUUGUGGUUAUCUACACUUUUGCAUUCCCGAAUACGCCUGAUGAGCAGGAUCAUUGGGCUUGUGUCGAUGAUUUGUAUCAGGUCCUUGUUUUGACUCGUGGUGUCCAGCAGGUUAUUUAUUCGCCUAGGGAUUUUCGGGAUUUUUUGUGGAACAGUGAUUUCGGUCCUAUCUUGCAAAUUGAGGAGGUGACUGGUAUAAUCCCUGAUGAGGCGGUCAUUGCUUUACGGAGAUUGCAUGAGGCCAAUGGGAACUCUGAUCACGACUUUCAGGUCUAUAAAGGGGCUAUCGAAAAUCUGCAGGAAAUGUUGAGUUGGGUUUAUGGUGGGAUGAGAGCGAACACGAUUGCCGGUCGAUGGGCGAUUAAAUUGCCCGGUAGAUUUAUGGAAUUGCUGCGUGAACGCGAACCCUUGGCCCUCGUCAUGUUAGCGCAUUAUGGCGUGCUUUUGAAUUGUCUUCAGCAUCGCUGGUGUUUUGAUGAAUGGUGUGUUCGUCUCGCCAAGGCCGUGUGGGCCAUUCUGGAUGACCAGUGGAAGCCUCUUGUUCACUGGGCUAUGACAGAGAUUCUCGGUGAAAAUUAUCGGGAGCUUGUGAUUUGA